AUGACAACACAAUUAAGUAAUACAGAAGAGUGGUACAAGAAGGAAGAGUUGGAGAAUCUAAGACAGGAGUUGAAUGAGGAGUACCACAAUGAAGAGGUCUACUGGUUGCUGCAGAGUAGAUUAACAUGGCUGAGAGCUGGUGAUAAGAAUACCAAAUUCUUCCAUGCAGUGACAAAGAACAGGAGAGCUCAUAAUACAAUCCACAGCCUGAUCGAUGAUGAAGGGAAAGAGUGGUAUGCAGAGAAGGAUCUGGGAGCAAUUGCAGAACAGUACUUCAAACUACUAUUCACAUCAGAGGACGUUGGGAUUGAAUUUGAGGACUGGAAUGACAUACCUCCAGUAGUGACUGCUGCGCAAAAUGAAAAGCUCCUGGAACCGGUAACCAUGGAGGAGGUCAGAAAAGCUGUUUUUGACAUUAAUCCACAAAAAUGUCCCGGCCCAGAUGGUAUGAAUGGUAUGUUCUUUCAACAGUUUUGGGAGACAAGUGCGGAGGACAUCACCAGAAUGGUGGAUAAUUUCUUCAAAUCAGGGAAGAUGGAGGAUGGACUAAACUGCACUAACAUAUGCUUAAUUCCCAAAAUCCCUGGUGCGAAAAGAAUGAGUGAGUUUCGACCAAUAAGCCUCUGCAAUGUCGCUUUCAAGGUGAUAUCCAAGCUGUUGGCUAAGCGCUUGAAGAAGAUAAUGUCGUCUGUGAUCUCAGAGACUCAAGCAGCUUUUGUGGAGGGGAGACUGAUCUCCGACAACAUUUUAGUGGUGGAGUGGAGAUUCCUGGACAAGACAAUGGCGACUCUAGGCUUUGCGGAGGGUUGGAGGAAGCUCAUCAUGAGCUGUGUCUCUUCGGUUCAAUAUCAGGUUCUCAUUAACGGUACUCCCUAUGGACACAUUGAACCAACAAGAGGACUCAGACAGGGGGACCCUCUAUCCCCCUAUCUCUUUGUGAUGUGCACGGAAAUGUUGGUUCAAAGGCUGAAAAAAGCAGAGAAUGAAGGUCAGAUAUCAGGUCUCCAAGUUGCACGAGGAGCUCCUCCGGUCUCACACUUACUUUUCGCUGAUGACAGUAUGCUGUACUGUAAAGGAGACAGUGUGGAAUUGGAUAGAAUGAUUCAGGUGCUUCACCAAUAUAGUCUCCUAUCAGGACAGCAAAUCAAUUAUCAAAAAUCGAGUGUGUAUUUUGGUAAGCGCAUCCCGCAAGAGAAGAGACAGGAGAUCAUGGCAAAGCUGAAAAUAGACAAGCUGGGUGGAGACGGGAUCUAUCUGGGCUUACCUGAGGCAUUUGGAGGAUCAAAGGUCUCUGUUCUCCAAUAUCUGAAAGAGAACCUGAAUAAGAAGAUGCAAGGAUGGCAGAUGAAGUUCUUGUCUCCGGGGGGGGGGGUGAUUAUGUCCCUCAUGUCGGAAUUUUGGUGGAAGGAGACGAGAGGAAUGCACUGGACAAGCUGGGAGGCAAUGUGUAAACCUAAAGAGUGCGGAGGUUUAGGAUUCAAAGACCUUGAAGCCUUCAACCUAGCACUCUUAGGCAAGCAAUUGUGGAGAAUGAUCAUCAACAAAAAUUCAUUGCUUGCCAGAAUCUACAAGAGUAGAUACUUUAAAAACACAGACCCUCUCAAUGCUAAACUCGGAUCCCGACCCUUAUACGCUUGGAGAAGCAUUCAUGCGGCUCAGAAACUGAUUCAAGCAGGCGCGAGGGUCAUCAUAGGGAAUGGGAAGGGGACAAAGUUAUGGCAGGAGAGAUGGUUAAACAGGAAACCGGCUUCAAAGGUCCAAUCAAUGAAAAGGCAACAGUCACCAACCUCAGUAUGUCUAGCAGAUGAUAUGAAGGUUAGCGAACUCCUGCAAAGUAAUGGCAGAGAUUGGAACACUGAGCUGAUAGAGGAGCUGUUUAGUGAGGAAGUGAGAGAUAAAAUAUAUGAUAUAACUCCGGCAGGAAAGGAGAGUGAUGAUUCAUAUGCUUGGGAUUACACAAAAACUGGGCAUUAUACAGUCAAGUCCGGGUACUGGGUACAAGUUAACAUCAUCAAUGCAAGACAAGAGACUCAGGAAAUCUUACAACCGGGUCUUGAUGUAUUGUACCAAAUGAUCUGGAAACUGGAAACAAGUCCCAAGAUUCACCCCUUCCUCUGGAGAUGCCUUAAAAACUCUCUACCAGUUGCAGGGAAUAUGUAUAGUAGACAUAUUUCAAAAGAUAGCAGGUGCAUUAGAUGUGGCCAAGAAGAUGAGACAGUCAAUCACCUGCUAUUUACAUGCCCAUAUGCAAGGCUUAUCUGGGCUAUGUCGCCUAUCCACGCCCCACCUCAGGGUACUUACUCCAACUCUCUCUACACUAAUCUUCACUGGGUCUUAAAUUUAAAAAAAGAGUACCCAAAUGAAGAAGUGUAUGAAUUGUUGGUUCCUUGGCUUUUGUGGAGAAUUCGGAAGAAUAGGAAUGAGUAUCUGUUCAGGGGAAAAGACUAUUCUGCUCAUGAUACAAUUCAAAAAGCUAAGGAAGAUGAGGCGGAGUGGAGAGGAAGAAAUGAGGCUGAGGUAGUAGAGGUCAAACAUCCACUGACAAAGACUGCUGGAGCAAGAUGGAAACCACCUCCAAACCAAUGGCUCAUGUGUAAUUCUGAUGGAGCAUGGAGAAAAGAGAGCAGGGAUGGAGGUGUAGGUUGGGUCUUAAGGAACAACCAAGGUCUUUUGUCAUGGAUAGGGGCGAAGAAAGUGAGGGGAAUGAACUAA